UGGUAAAACAGAAAUGGCAACGCGAAAGGGAACAUGGAUAAUAAUUCUUAAUGUUCGCUCGACUACGAUUAAGGGAAUGACGUUUAACUGCGUUGGAAAUGGUGUGUCGUUGAACGACUGCAUCGAAAUAAUAAAAUAGUUGAAAAUUUGUCGAAUAAAUAAAUAUUGAUCGUCCGGUUCGUUUACACGGUGGGAAUGGAUAAAUUGUGUGCUCAAACGAAAUACUUCCGAGGACACAAGCAUACUAAUCGCUAUGAAUUUUCAAAUAUUUUUGGUUGAACUUCAGUGUUACCUUCAGUAGAAAAUAUGCGAAUGCAUUUUUCAUAAGAGCUAUGUUUUCACCGUGUUUCGUAAUUAAUUAUGGACGAACGUUGAAAGGUUCACCAUUUGCCGUUUCGUUAACGCUAUUCGUAAAGAGAAUGUUACCUUCGAUUAAUCCUUUCCGCUCGUACAUCCGCAUUCUUUAAUUUUGCAUCGAUUCUAUGUCACAGGUAAAUUCACAUCACACUGAAUUAUAAUAUCGGUGCAGUCUCUCGUUGCUCAUACAGGCGAACAAACGUCGAGGUAAAUUAAAAUGAACAUUUCCCGCGGAUAUUUUCAAACGUCCCCGUUACAAUGCUCGCUUAUAGCGGUAGAGGGCACAAUGUGUUUGUGGAAAAUUGAAUGUUCUAAAUUCGCGCUUUUACCAACAAAUCGUGUUGUUCGUCGGUCUUUUGAAAAUAUAAUAUUAGCAAGGACAAUACUAAAUGAGAGCGAAAUUAAACAAUUCUCUACCUGAUUAGCUACGGCUACAAGGUGCUAACAUACGUGUUCGUUAAUUAGCAUGAAGAAACUUCGUAACAUUUUAGGAAACGAGCUUUCCGAGCAAUCGAAAGAAUCAUAAAAUGCGACUCAUACGAGGCAUACGUACAUUUAUUGGAUAUAACAGGAGAAUAAUUUAUUAGCCACUCUUCUUUUACAAAUGUUACAUCUAUGACAUUUUACAUGCCUAUCUAUUAUUAUAACCUAUACGAUAACCAGUCCCUUCACAACAACACAGUGCAACGUGCUCCCGAUCGUAACACUUUCACGUAUACAAUCCCGUUCGAAGCCGUCCGUAUAUUAGGCGGAACAAAGAUUAUGUUCACGACUUUAAACUUCACAUAAUUCUGAAUGAUCACACGUCCUUCCACUAGACGUCUUCCUACUUUUCUAUAGCUGUCUCUUUCGUCACACUCCAAAGAUUCUUCUAGAUUCCACCAGGGGGCCAAUGUUGUUUUUAUGAAAUGAAAAUCGUUCCCGCCACGUUCUUACAAUCAAUCCGAAAGUCACGUAUUCAGAUUGGAAACCAUAAUUGCGAACCCUGGUUUGUUUUGACAGACAAAAUGUCAAAACGAAAAGGAGUAUCUUUAGAUGAGAAACGUGCAAGAAUGCUUCAAAUAUUUUACGAAAAGAAAGAAUUUUUUACUUUAAAAGAAUUGGAAAAAAUUGCACCAAAAGAGAAGGGCAUUGUAGUGCAAUCUGUGAAAGAUAUUCUUCAAGCAUUAGUUGAUGACGGAUUAGUGAGGUCAGAGAAAAUUGGUACUUCUGUAUAUUUUUGGACAUUUCCAGGACAAAAUAUAACUGCUAUAGAACAAAGAAUAUCCGAAGCUUCCAAAAAAAUAGUGGAAGCAGAAUUUAAGCUUCAAAAAUUAAAAGAGCUUUGUAGCAAAGAACAGAUAGGAAAAGAAAAUACAGAGGAAAGACAAAUUCUGCUACAUGAAUUAGAAGAGCUCAAGGAACAGGAGAAUCAAUUGAAGAUACAAGUUGCUAAAUUCAGUGACUCUGAUCCAGAAGUUACAGCUAAACUCAGUAAAAAAGCACAGGAAUAUAAAGAUGCUGCCAAUGUAUGGACAGACAAUAUUUUUGCUCUUCAAAGUUGGUGCAAAAAUAAGUUUGACAUUCCAGAAAAAAGUCUUAAUAAACAAUUCAAUAUUCCUGAUGAUUUAGAUUAUAAAGAAUGAAAAAGUAAUUUAAUUCAUGUUUAAUAUACAUACCAUUCAACCAAAAUUCCUU